UGAGCUUAUUGGGACGCGGCCAGUCCUCUCAGGUAAACAGAUGCUGAACUUUCUUCCUCUCUCUCUGUCCUUAAACUCCUUAACCCGGGUCGGAGACUGGACAGUGAAGGGUUCAUUCCGAUCUGAGUCUCACCUCAGUGUGUCUGCUGUAGUUCCCCAGGUCAUCCAGCACGCCUAUGACAUCAUCAUUUACCUGAGCAGGUGUUUUGAUCUCAACAGCAUGCAGCUGACCUAUCAGAAGCUCCCAGCUCAGCUGAGGCGGAGCUCUGGACUCAGGAAGCUGGCGACCGUGCUGCUCGCCGCCUACGCCGUGAAAAAACUGACCCCGUACCUCUGGAAGAGGCUACAGAGGACCGCUGCAGGUAAACAGCUGGACCAAGCUCUCCUUCCUGUGGACCGGGUCAGCUCGUCCUCCCGCUGUGUGGAGCAGAAGAAAAGAGCCAGCAGGUCUCCAUCAGUCAAUAAGGACUUUGUCCUCAGACUGUCUCGUCUGUUGAAGCUCUUGUUUCCACGGUUACUGUGUCCAGAGAUCGGCCUGCUGGUCCUCCACUCGCUCACGCUGAUGACCAGAACCUUCCUCUCCAUCUACGUCGCUACUCUGGACGGUGUGAUAGUCAGGUGCAUCGUGCAGAAGGACCCUCAGGCGUUCGUCCUGCAGCUCUCUAAGUGGCUCCUCGUGGCCGUCCCCGCCACCUUCAUUAACAGCGCCAUCAGGUUCCUGGAGGGUCAGCUGACCCUCAGCUUCAGGAGCCGAUUGGUCAACCACGCAUACCAGCUCUACUUCACCAACCAGACGUAUUAUCGUGUCAGCAACAUGGACGGCCGUCUGUCCAACCCUGACCAGUCUCUCACCGAGGACAUCGUCAUGUUCUCGGCCUCCGUCGCUCACCUGUACUCCAACCUGACCAAACCCAUCCUGGACGUGGUGGUCACCUGCUACACCCUGCUGCGCACCGCCCAGUCUAAAGGAGCUAACACCACCUGGCCCUCAGUCAUCGCCGGCCUGGUGGUGGCGCUCACCGCUAAAGUCCUGCGCUCCUGCUCGCCGCGCUUCGGGAAGCUGGUGUCCGAGGAGGCGAGGAGGAAGGGAGACCUGAGAUACAUGCACUCACGCAUCAUCGCCAACUCAGAGGAGAUCGCUUUCUACGGAGGACACAAGGUGGAGAUGGCCCAGCUGCAGAGGAGCUACAGCUCGUUGUCGUCUCAGAUCCAUCAGAUCCUGCUGAAGCGUCUGUGGUACAUCAUGCUGGAACAGUUCCUGAUGAAGUACGUGUGGAGCGCGUCUGGACUGGUCAUGGUAGCUGUGCCCAUCAUCACUGCCACAGGAUACUCCAAAUAUGACUCUGAGGAGGUGAAGCAGGCGGCGCUGGUGAUGAGGGAGGAGGAGCUUGUGAGCGAGAGGACGCAGGCCUUCACCACGGCCAGGAACCUCCUCAACGCAGCUGCAGACGCUGUGGAGAGGAUCAUGAGCUCCUACAAGGAGGUGACUGAGCUGGCAGGUUACACGUCUCGUGUGUCUGAGAUGUUGGAUGUGUUUGAAGAUGUGAAUGGAGGGAUCUACCGUCGCUCUACAGACACAGAGGACGAUCUCACAGGAGGAGGAGAGGGAGUAGGAGAGGGAGUAGGAGAGGGAGGAGGAGAGGGAGUGAUGCAGCAUGGUCAGAGGGUCUGUGGUCCCCUGCAGAUCAGAGGUCAAGUGGUCAGUGUGGAGAAGGGGAUUCGCUGUGACAAUCUCCCAAUCAUCACACCAACUGGAGACGUGGUUGUUUCCUGUCUCAACAUGUUCAGUUCCUGCUUCAUGAUUUAA